AUUUCAGUCUCCACAGCCACAAAUUCCAAAACCCGCUGUUUUUUGUKAUUCGUUCGUUAUCUGAUGCUACUGUCAUGAUGAUGCAUUCCUUCCUCUUAUCCACAAUUCACGUAUUGUCUGUCUGCAAUCAUCUUGCCAAUAUCGCAAUUGUAUAAUAUGAAUACAUAAUUGAAUGAGCUGAAGACACGUUGCACCUCAUCGUAGCCGCCACGGUACUCUUAUCUUGAUCAAUGAUCAUCCUAUCAUCUUUUUACGAAACCUUUUAUACCCCCAUAGUUUGAUCCAGUUCUACCACCUCUGGGAUCUUACCAGCUACUGUGGUGUAUUCUGUUUGACGAUUUUCAACUUCUUUUUCAAUUUGAAUUUUGAGUUUUUCUUUUUCUCAUAGGAGUAUUGAAAGCUGAUUAGAAAGUCCGUUUUGAUUUCAGUAAAUUUCAGCAAUUCUUCAGUGUUUUAGGUUUUUGCRAUUUGAAUGUUGUGGAUUAUGGUUGCAUUUUUCUGACGAUCUGGGAACUAUUUCCUCCCUCGAGCUGAAAUUAUAGGAAAUCCCGAUUGGUAUAGGUCAGUAAUUCUGGAUUCACUGAUGUGCAUUUGGUGUCAAUUAUAUCAAUUGUAACAAGUGUGAUUUAGGACUGAUUUGGAAUUUGGGUUAAUUGGGGUAUUAGUAGAACACAUAUUAGGAUAAUAUAUUGUAGUUACAGAAUGGAUAUAAGUAAUGAGGCCAAUGUUGAUGCGUUCACAAUCGGACCCUCAACGAUCCUUGGCCGGACCAUUGCCUUCAAAGUUCUAUUCUGCAAAUCAAUGUCACGCUUGAGGCAUCAGAUUGCUCAUCUUUUGCUUUAUUACUUUCAUAGCAUUAGGACAUAUGUUUCAAACUCAAUUUCGCCUGUGGUUUCGUGGUUACAUCCACGCAACCCUCAAGGGAUACUAGUAUUGGUGACAUUAAUGGCAUUUUUGCUUAAACGGUGCACUAAUGUGAAAAUGAGGGCUGAGAUGGCGUAUAGGAGGRAAUUCUGGAAGAAUAUGAUGAGAGCUGCAGUAACAUAUGAGGAAUGGGCCCAUGCUGCUAAGAUGUUGGAUAAAGAAACUCCUAAGACGAACGAGUGCAAUCUUUAUGAUGAAGAACUUGUGAGGAACAAGCUUCAAGAACUCAGGCACCGUCGUCAAGWGGGUUGUUUAAGAGAUAUUAUAUUUUGUAUGCGAGCUGAUCUUGUUAGAAAUCUUGGUAACAUGUGCAACCCUGAGCUUCAUAAGGGUAGACAUCAGGUGCCAAAGCUCAUAAAAGAAUACAUCGAUGAGGUCUCGACCCAGUUGAGAAUGGUUUGUGAUUCUGAUUAUGAGGAACUUCUCUUGGAGGAGAAGCUUGCCUUUAUGCAUGAAACCCGCCAUGCUUUUGGAAGGACAGCUUUGCUUCUAAGUGGAGGUGCUUCUCUUGGCGCUUUCCAUGUUGGUGUGGUGAAAACAUUAGUAGAACAUAAGCUUCUUCCCCGAAUAAUUGCUGGUUCUAGUGUUGGAUCCGUAAUGUGUGCUGUUGUCGCCACUAGAUCCUGGCCAGAGCUUCAGAGUUUCUUUGAGGAUUCAUUGCAUUCUUUGCAGUUCUUUGAUCAAAUGGGUGGAGUUUUCAAUAUUUUCAAGAGGGUUACAACGCUAGGAGCAGUKCAUGACAUCAGACGAUUGCAGGUGAUAUUAAGGAACUUGACAAAUAAUCUUACAUUCCAAGAAGCUUAUGACAUGACUGGUCGAGUUCUUGGGAUAACGGUAUGCUCUCCAAGGAAGCAUGAACCUCCAAGAUGUCUCAAUUACUUAACUUCACCYCAUGUAGUUAUAUGGAGUGCAGUUACUGCCUCUUGUGCUUUCCCAGGACUUUUUGAAGCUCAGGAGCUUAUGGCAAAGGAUAGAAGUGGAGAAAUUGUACCUUAUCACCCACCGUUCCAUUGGGACCCUGAAGAGGCUAAUGUCACUUCUACACGCCGCUGGAGGGAUGGUAGCUUGGAGAUAGAUCUGCCCAUGAUCCAACUGAAAGAGCUUUUCAAUGUAAAUCAUUUUAUUGUGAGUCAAGCAAAUCCUCAUAUUUCCCCCCUACUCAGGCUGAAAGAAUUUGUGAGAGCCUUUGGAGGCAACUUUGCUGCAAAGCUUGCUCAUCUAGUCGAGAUGGAGGUGAAAUACAGAUGCAACCAGGUCUUGGAACUUGGUUUCCCAUUAGGAGGACUUGCAAAGCUAUUUGCUCAAGAUUGGGAGGGGGAUGUCACCAUUGUUAUGCCUGCUACCUUAGCUCAGUACUUGAAGAUCAUACAGAAUCCAUCUCACGUGGAGCUUCAAAAAGCUGCAAAUCAAGGCAGGAAAUGCACUUGGGAGAAGCUUUCAGCCAUUAAAGCCAAUUGCGGGAUCGAGCUUGUUCUUGAUGAGUGUGUUGCGAUUCUUAACCACAUGCGUAGACUGAAACGGAGCGCAGAAAGAGCAGCUUCGGCUACUGCCACUCAUGGCUUAGCCAACAUGUCUCGGUUUAAUGCGUCCAAACGAAUCCCCUCUUGGAACUGCAUGGCUCGGGAGAACUCAACYGGGUCCCUAGAAGACCUUGCAGACGUUCCUUCCCCUCUCCACCAUGGACUUGGUGCAYGGAACUGGCGGCUAAACCACCACACACACGACGGAAGUGACAGCGAGUCUGAGACCGCCGAGUUAAAUUCUUGGACAAGAUCUGGUGGRCCUUUGAUGAGGACAACUUCGGCUGAUAAAUUUGUCGAUUUCGUUCAAAACUUGGAUUUCGAUUACAAACCGAACAAGGCAACGCCAAACUCAAGGGUAAUAUCCCCAGACAGAAGCUCGGAUUUAGAAUCCGAUCAAAGGGACAUGAACAACAGAGGUCAUACAAGCAUCAUGGUUGCUGAAGGUGAUCUUUUGCAGCCAGAGAUGAUCCAUAAUGGCAUUGUGUUCAAUGUUGUGAAGAAGGGAGACUUGACCCCAUCAAACCGGAGCCAUGAUUCAGAAAAUAACAACUCACGUUCGGACUUGGUUGCCGAGUGUGUGCAACUCGAUUGCCCGGAGAAGGAGACGGAUGCUAGCUCGGCUUCUGAUGAUGGUGAGACCAAUAUCUGCAACGAUGACCAUUGUGACCCGAGGGAUCAUACGAGACCUAUAGACGAUGUCGAUGGUGAUUAUAGAUGUACGGAGGAUCAUUAACCCUUGUAAUAUUAUCAUUGGUUAUGCUAUUCAGGUUUUCAAUAGUUCUUCGGUUCGAGUCUUCUGACCGUUAUU